AUGACUUUGACGCAUCGGGAGAAGGAUGGCAAUGGGAAAGACGAUCAAAGUUUCGAAAUGCAAAACUCGGUCGUGCAAAUGGACACCAAUGACACCAAAGUAACAUGCACUCUGGAUGAAAAGACAGAACAGACCGAGCCUGACCUUCCGGACCGUGGUCAAUGGACUGGAAGAUUCGAUUUCUUGCUCUCCUGUGUCGGAUUCGCCAUUGGUCUCGGUAACGUAUGGCGAUUCCCCUACUUAUGCUACAAAAACGGAGGAGGUGCCUUCCUAAUUCCAUACUUGUUGACGCUGAUAUUCGCCGGUAUUCCGAUAUUCUUCUUGGAAACAGCACUUGGACAAUAUCUCAGCGUAGGCGGUCUUGGUGUAUGGAAGGUCUGUCCACUUUUCAAGGGUAUCGGUUAUGCAGCUGCCAUGGUUUCUUUCUGGCUUAAUAUAUAUUAUAUAGUGAUUAUUGCCUGGGCGUUACUGUAUCUAUUCAGUUCUUUCACACAAGUAUUACCAUGGGAACUAUGUAACCAUGAUUGGAACACGGAAUUGUGCUCUACAAACACGUCGGCAAACUUCUCCGUUAUGACCUACCCGACUAAGGAAUUCUGGGAGAAAUAUGUGUUGGAAAUAACGGAUGGCUUACACCAGCCUGGGACUAUACGCUGGCAAUUGGCACUGACGCUCCUAUUAGUAUGGAUUGUUGUUUAUUUCUGCAUUUGGAAAGGCGUCAAGUGGACUGGCAAGGUCGUUUACUUUACCGCCCUAUAUCCCUAUGUAAUGAUGAUUAUUCUACUAAUAAGAGGGGUCACACUGCCUGGGGCGCGGAACGGCAUCAUCUUUUAUCUGAAUCCCGACUUUAGCAGGCUUGCAGAUUCUGAGGUAUGGAUUGACGCUGCAACGCAGAUCUUUUUUUCCUAUGGAAUAACACUCGGUUCAUUGGUAGCCCUCGGUAGUUACAAUGACUACCAUAACAACGUAUAUAAAGAUGCCAUCAUUGUUUCAUGCGUUAAUAGUGGAACAAGUUUCUUUGCUGGAUUUGUUGUGUUUUCGACGAUUGGUUUUAUGGCACAUGUACAGGGUGAGCCGGUCAGUGAAGUAGCCGUAUCUGGUCCCGGACUAGCCUUUCUAGCGUAUCCGUCUGCCAUCGCACAGUUACCUAUAUCUCCUCUAUGGUCGUUUCUGUUCUUCUCUAUGUUGUUUAUGUUGGGACUGGAUAGCCAGUUCUGCACUUUAGAAGGCUUCAUUACAGCCUGUGUCGAUGAAUGGCCCAGAUAUCUACGCAAAAAUAAAGAACUCUUUAUAGCCGUUGUAUGUGCCGUUUCCUAUUUAAUUGGACUUUCAACCAUUACACAGGGUGGAAUGUACGUGUUUCAACUAUUCGAUACGUAUUCCGCCAGUGGUAUGUGUCUCCUCUGGUUGGCCUUCUGGGAAUGUGUAGCGGUGGGAUGGGGAUACGGUGCCGAUCGCUUCUAUGACAAUAUCAAGGACAUGAUAGGAUUCCGACCUUUUAUAUGGUGGAAACUUUGUUGGAAGUUCUUUGCACCCGCAAUCAGCGCUGGUGUGUUUCUCUAUGCGCUAAUUCAAUAUCGCAGGUUGAGUUACCUAGACUACACAUACCCAUCAUGGGGAGAGGGUAUUGGCUGGAUGAUGGCAUUAAGUUCAAUGCUUUUUGUGCCCGGAUAUAUGGUGUACAUACUAAUAAGGACAGAGGGAACAUUAAUGGAGCGUAUACGGAAAUGCAUGCAACCGCAAUGGUCGGAAGAAGAUUUACAGAAAUACGCAGAAAGAAAUGGCAAUGCAGCGUGUACAGAGCCCGGGGUUGAGGUUUACAGGCUCUAG